AUGCUCUCAAAACGAUUACUUUCCAAUGCAGCCCGAUUUACUGAAUUUUCAUCUUGUAAGGUGCGACAAUAUUCACAUACGACAGAUCACCCUAUAAAGCAAGACGUUACAGGUAACGGUAAGCCAUCAUCUUCAACAAAUGAUAAUCUAACAAUAGCUAAUAAACAGCGGUUGUAUAUGCUUGACACAUUCUCUCCUGGGUCACCUUUUUUUCUUCCUAAUGGAACACGAAUUAUCAACAGACUUGUGAAGUUCAUGAAAUUACAACAAUCAAAGCAGGAUUUCACAGAGGUCAUAACACCGUUAAUAUUUAAAAAAGAUCUUUGGGAAACAUCUGGACAUUGGCAACAUUAUAAGGAGGAUAUGUUCAAGGUUGAGAGUAACGAUACAUCGAAAAUGUCGACUGAGGAAGCAAAUGAUGUGUAUGGACUCAAGCCGAUGAAUUGUCCGGGACAUUGCCUCAUUUUUAAGAGAUUUGCAAGGUCGUACAAAGAACUCCCAAUUAGACUAAGUGACUGGUCCAGUUUGCAUAGAAAUGAGGCAAGCGGUGCAUUGAGUGGACUUACCAGGGUGAGAAGGUUUCAUCAGGACGAUGGCCAUAUAUUUUGUACUAGAAGUCAGGUUUCUGGAGAAAUCGAAAAGACAUUGAAACUAAUUAAACUUUGCUAUAGUGUAUUCGGGUUUAACGAUCUUAGUAUGGUUUUGUCCACAAGACCACCAGAUAAAUUUAUUGGUAAAAUCGGAGAAUGGGACCAAGCUGAAAAAGAAUUGGGAAAAGUGCUUGAUAAAACUGUGGGAGCACAUAAAUGGUCUGUUAAUGCUGGAGAUGGCGCAUUCUAUGGACCAAAGAUAGAUAUUCUGCUCUCAGAUAAGUAUGGCAGAAAAAGUCAGGUUGCAACCAUUCAAUUGGAUUUCCAGCUUCCUCAAAGGUUCGGGUUGAAAUAUCAGGGUGUCAAUGAUACGCUUGAGAUACCCAUUAUGAUUCACAGAGCCGUCUUCGGUUCUGUCGAAAGAUUUUUCGCUAUGCUCAUAGAUCAUUAUGGUGGUAAAUGGCCCUUCUGGUUAUCACCCAGACAGGCUGUGAUCAUUCCUAUCAGUGACACACAUGCUGCCUAUGCUCAUAAACUUCGAGAAAGGCUAAGUAACGAGAGACAUGAUUUCAGCUUUCCCUCAAAGCUAUCGGACGAGCGUUUUUAUGUAGAUGUUGAUGAUAGGAACUCCACUGUUGGGUUUAGAACUAAGGACGCCAUUUCUAAGGCAUAUAAUUUUAUUAUUAUGGUUGGUGAUAAAGAAAUCAACGGUGGAAAAUUUGCCAUCAGACCAAGAAACAGCAGGAAGGUGCAGCUUUUGACUGCGGAGGAAAUUUCGAAAAUGUUCCACCAUCUAAUGGAAAAUUAUAAAUAA